CCAAUCCGCCUCUUACAACACACCAAUUACAUGCGUGUCAGCUAGUCCACAGUGCAACCAACCUCCACAACGCUACACGCUUGUUCUUCUCUCCGUUGAUUGGUGGAUUACGUUUUUUCAUCUUGUUGAGUUGGCGCACCAUUGGCUGGCAGCCCUGUCGCUCAUCCUAGCCCCGCCCCCUCGGUUUGUUUGGUAGAGUUUAUCCUUUUCUCGUUCUCUCUGUCGCGGCUGUGGGUUGGAGCCGCUGUCCCUGGACUGGCACGUUUCUUCGUAUUUAUUUCUCAUUAUUUGAUUCGAUCUCCCCCACAAAAUUUUGCAACCAGUCAUACCGACUGACAAAUAAAUCGUUUGGUCCUUCUUUUUGAUAGUACGCCAAGAUAAAUACUUGUAAAAAGAUGGCGGUGAGCGGGAUGUCAGGGUCGGUUGUCGCCCGGCUCGAGGGCCGAGAAUUCGAGUAUCUGAUGAAGAAGCGCUCGGUCACCAUCGGUCGGAAUUCGUCACAAGGCUCCGUGGACGUGAGCAUGGGCCACUCGAGUUUUAUUUCACGGAGGCACCUCGAGAUCUUCUCCGCCGGCGAAGACGGAACGGGCGGCGGAGAUUUCUACCUUCGAUGCCUCGGCAAAAACGGGGUGUUCGUUGACGGGGUGUUUCAAAGACGAGGGGCUCCUCCUCUCCAGCUUCCCCGCAUGUGCACUUUCCGGUUCCCUAGCACAAAUAUCAAAAUUACGUUUACUGCCCUGUCCAACGACAAAAGGGACCGCAGGAACACUCCUGACUCUCCUGUGAAAGCGGUCCAGCCCCAGAUCUCACCGCUGACCAUCAACAUUCCAGACAACAUCGCUCAUCUGAUGAGUCCACUUCCAUCUCCAACAGGUACAAUCAGUGCUGCCAACUCAUGUCCGUCUAGUCCUCGGGGUGCGGGUCUGUCAAGUUACAAGAUGGGUCGCGGUCUCACAGCUGAUCUCAUCAAUGAGAACUCUCAGUCUGAAAAUGACAAGGACGCUUCAGAGGGUGACAGUCCGAAAGAUGACUCCAAGCCUCCUUACUCAUAUGCGCAGCUUAUUGUCCAAGCUAUCACAAUGGCACCAGACAAACAACUAACACUGAAUGGAAUAUAUACCCACAUUACUAAGAAUUAUCCAUAUUACAGGACAGCAGACAAGGGCUGGCAAAACUCGAUUCGCCAUAAUUUGUCCCUAAACCGCUAUUUUAUCAAAGUGCCCAGAUCACAAGAGGAGCCAGGUAAAGGCUCUUUUUGGAGGAUAGACCCCUCGUCUGAGGGCAAGCUCAUUGAACAAGCUUUUCGUAAGCGUAGACCACGUGGUGUGCCGUGUUUUAGGACCCCACUCGGCCCCCUGUCUUCAAGGAGUGCCCCAGCAUCACCUAACCACACGGGGGCGCUGUCGGCUCACUCCAGUGGUGUACAGACACCUGAUAGCUUAUCACGAGAAGGCUCACCUAUUCCUAUGGACCCAGAGCCAACCCCUGCCUCCGCUCCUGCCCCAACUGUCCAGCCUAAAUUAGCAGUCAUACAAGAGGCUUGCUUUGCACAAAAUGCACCAGGUUCACCUCUCAACACCCAGCCAGUUCUCAUCGCUGUCCAGCGGCAGCUACCGCAAACCAUGAAACCCGUGACCUACACUGUAGCCACACCAGUGUCCACUAACACAUCCCAGCAGCCUGUCAUGCAGACAGUCCACGUGGUGCAUCAGAUCCCCGCCGUUUCUGUUGCCACCGUAGCCGGCAUUUCUACAACUAAUACACACUUUGUCGAGGCCCAGGCUGUGGUCACUCAGGCCAUGACCGUUAAAGCAGAGCCACAUGAGAACGGAGAACACCAAGAGGUCAAAGUGAAAGUGGAGCCUGUGCCUGCUAUCACAGCCACUUCUAUAGGUGGAACAAGUCGAAUUCUUCAGACGUCCCAGUCCACCCCAAUACAGACGGUUACUAUAGUGCAACAGGCACCAUUAGGCCAGCAUCAGCUCCCUGUCAAGGCAAUCACACAAAAUGGAACUCAUGUGGUUGCUGCUCUCCAAGGAUCAGGAAACACAGCGAGUCCUCUCCACAUGCUGGCAACCCACGCCUCCGCCUCAGCGUCCCUGCCUACCAAACGGCAGAAUGGAGACCAAACGGAGCAGCCCAACACCAAAAGGAUCAAGACUGAAGAUGGAGACACAGGAGCUAUCACAGCAGAGAGAGACAAGCAGACCGCCACUGAUUAGUGCAGCAGUGUCAUGACCUUUGACCUCAACUUUUUUGUUUCUCCCCACCCGCCACCCACCUGCUAUAACCUACAUCACCUAUCAAUGAACCAAAGGUGCCAAAUAGUGAGGUGAGCUGAAACGUCAGUGGAUGUUGGAGUGGUAUAACAAUUAGAAUUAGAGAUGAGUACAAUGUGAAGGAGAUAAGGAAGCAAGAUAUUGUUGUACCGAGUACAAGAUGGUUGAAGGUCUGAAGAAAGGCGGGCAGUGGGCUUUUUACAUAAAUAGGUAAAUACUCACAGAUAUAUGUACACAUAUAUUAAUAUAGCCUACUUGAAGUUAUGAAAUGAAAUGUAUUUUAGAUCCUACCUGGGUGUAACCCAAACGAGAAGGUCUCCAUCACUAGUACCUCUGGGCUGAAUGUGAAUGGAGAGAAGAGCAUGGUGUAUGGGCAAAUAGACAACCCCUUUGUGUUACCCGAACAAACAGCCGGCCAAUGACGUAUAUAAACGUAUGUAAUGCACACACGCAUGUGUAUCAAAUGUGUGGUCACACUUCCCUUGUUCCCCAGUCAGAGGUCUUGAACAUAUGCAUUAACAUGAAGAAGACGGGACGUUAAGACGGAUCAAAACGUGGACUUGCCAAAAACAUUUAAAAUGGAAUAGCUCCUAAAAAUGUGAACCCGCUCAUCAUUUCAGCUUGAUAUUCACCAAUGGAAAAUUAGUGUUUCUCUUAGGCAAAGGGAAAUGUGAGGAGUUUUCUUUCCUGUAUCAUGGCAGCUAGCUACCAUGUCCAUCUACCUAAUGCAGUCUUUAGUAGAUAUGCAGUAUUUUGUCGUACAUGUGUACCUUAGGAUCUUAUUUGUGUGUGUUUGUUUUCAGAGGCACAAAUACUCAACCAAAACAGGCAGUGCUGAAGUAAGGUCAUUUGGCAUUUCUUUUUUGUAAUAAUUUUUAUUUUUUAAAAGGUUUUUCUUUUUUUUUUUUUAAAGACGUGGACUCGUGGUCAUGGAAAUGAAUGUAGUUUCUUCAUUUGUUUUGUUAAAAACACUAUUAAUCGAGGGUCUGAGUUGUUUGCUAUUACAGUGAAAUCAAAAUGA